AUGUCGUCGGGCGAGGAGCCUCCGCUCCUGCCAACUCCCUCCACAUUUUCUGACGGGCUCGCGCCGACCCGCAUCGUGGUGGCGUGCACCUUCGACCCGCUCGGUCUGCAAGGGCCGCUGCACGUCUGGCUCCACUCGCUCACCGGCCUGCGCUGCGAGAUCAGCUGGGUCGGCUACGGAAUGGUCCUCGACGCCGUUGCCGACGCCAGCAGCGCGUGGGGCUCCAACGACGGCGGGCUCAACGUGCUUCUACUGCGGUGGUGCGACAUGCGUCGCGCAAACUACUCGGCGCUUGAAGACGCCGCGGCGCUGCUGCUCGAGGCGCUGCGAGCCUCCAUCGCCAGGCGAGGCGCGCCGACGCUCGUCCUGCUGCCGCCGCCGGCUGCCGACGGCGACGGCGGCGAGGCGGCGACGGCGCUCACAGCCGAACUGCGUGCCAUCGGCGGCGCCUGCGUCGUCGUGGACAGCGGCGAGCUGCGCGGCGCGCUCGGAUCGCUGCGUCGCUUCCACUCGCCGUUUCUCGACCAGGUUGCGCACUCUCCGUACUCGCCCGAAGCGUGCAGCGUCUUUGCGGCGAGCAUCAGCCGCGAAGUGGUGUACUGCCUCGACUGCGACAACACGCUGUGGGGCGGCGCCGUCGGAGAGCUCGGCCCACACGGUGUGGCGCUCAGCGACGCGUUUCUGGCGGUGCAGCGGCGGUUUGUGGAGAGGCAGCGGCGUGGCGCGCUGCUCUGCCUCGUCUCUCGCAACGUCGAGGAGGACGUGCUGCGCGAGCGGCGCGACGAGCUGCUGCUGCGCGACGAGCACGUCGUCGCCAUCCGCGCCGCGCCAGACAUGCGCAAGUCCGCCGCUGUCCUCGACCUCGCAGCGACCCUCUGUCUCGACGCCGCCGCCUUUACGUUUGCCAUCGCCGCUUACCUGGACGCGUGCUGGGCGCUCGACGAGCCGCCGCCGGCCACCUCGACGGGCGGUCCGGCGGCGCCGACGGCGGAGGAUCUCGCACGCACCGCUCUCUACCGACAGCUCGACGAGCGGAAGAGCUUCGUGUCGUCGGCGGCGGCUGCCUCGUCGAUGGACGCGUUCGCCGCCUCGUUCAACUUGCGUGUCGACAUCGGCUUGCUCGACGAGGAGGCGGCGGAGCGGGCCGCGCAGCUGACGGAGCGGACUAACCAGCACAACGCGUGCAAGUGCCUCACCGUCGACGCGAGCGACCGGUUCGGCCACCACGGUCUCAUCGGGCUCAUCGUGCUCGACGGGGCCGCGACGGUGGAUGCAGGGUCGAGCAGGGCGAGUGGUGCCGAGGCGGAGGCGGAGGGGGGAGGGGAGGAGGAGCAGGGGGCGGAGGAGGGAGGGGCGGAGGAGCAGGCGGCGGGGGCGGAGGGCAUCGAGCACAUGAUGAUGCGACACGCCGCGGGGGUCGCUGCAGAGCGCGGUGCCACGCACCUCGGCGUGCACUGGCGCAAGGCCGACCGAAACGAGCCGGCGGCCGCCUUCCUCUUCUCGCUGCCGGGCGUCCGGUUCGCGCCGGCGGAGACGGAGGCGGGCGUGGCGGCUUUGGGGCUCGGGGCGCUCGACCGCGAAACGCUCGAGGCGGGGGCGGAGGAGGCCGGAGGCGGCGAGGCGGCGCCGCCGCUGCCUCCACCCGUGCUCGCGCGACCGGCGGCGGUGGAUUUGGAGGACGCGGCGGCGGUGGAGGGUGCGGUGGAGCUCGCUGUGGCAUCCGCCGUCGACGCAGGCCGGCGUCCAGCACUCGUCGACUUCCCUCCUCUUUCCGCGCUCGAGUGCGUGCCGGCCGCAGCGCGCAGGCAGCUCGUGCGGCGCCUCAAGUCGCGCGUGGCCAAGGCGCGCGGCGGCGAGCUAGCCAGGCCCGCGGCGCGGCUGGAGGUGGGCCUGCUGCUGCGCGGGCGUGUGGGCGGCGAGCUCUGCCGCCGCGGCGCAGGGUGCGCCCAAGCUGGCUGCCCCUUUGUGCACCCCGAGGGAUGGACGGAGCCGCCUCCGACUUCAAAGGAGGAGCAGGCGGCCGCUGCGGCCGCCGCGGCGGCGGCCGACGCAACGCGGCCCGGAGGCCGACCGCGCGACCCAACGUACGGGCAGAUCUCCCAGUACCGCAAGUUCGAGCGGCCCGAGGCGGGCGUGGUUCUGAUCCCGGUGGAAUCGGCCGCCGCCGCCGCCGUCAGCUUCGCCUCGCCCCUCGCCUCGGCGGCUUCCGCCGCCACCGCACGUCAGCCGCAGCCGCAGCCAGAUGCUUCCGCCGCCGCGUCGCUGCCGUCCGCUGAGCAGUCGCCGCCGCCGCCGCCGCCGCCGCCGCCGCCGCAGCAGCAGCAGCAGCAGCAGCAGCAGCAGCAGCAGCGGUCGGGCUUCGAGUCGAAGUCAGCCCUCGCACUACACGCAGACACGUAUCACAGCCUGGCCGAGAGCCUCUCCUCACGGCCGCGCCAGCUGCACGAGUGGGUGGCGAGGGAGAGCGCGGCGACGCACGAGCUGCCCGAGGCGUUCCGAGAGGUGUGGGCGCAGUACGAGGAGCGCGCGGGCGGCGAGAAGGGCGGAGGAAGAGGAGGCGCCGGGAAUGAGGGGGCGGAGGGCGGCGGCGUGGCGGUGGACGAGGAGGCUGGGCUCGACGUGGAGACGCUGCACGCGAGGCUGCGGCGGCGCAUGCGCCACUCGAUGCACGUCAUCCUGCAGGAUGCCAACCCGGACAGCUACUACAGGGACGUCGUGCACCCCGCGACGGUAGACUAG